AUGUACGUUGGCUGUAUAAUCCUCUCACCUCAUGACUUUCAUCGAGUCUUGGAGGCUGUCGAAUGGGAUACCCUCAUCUUCUUUGCCAGCCUCUUUGUCCUCGUAGAGGCCGUCAACGAGCUUGGCCUCAUACGUGCCGUCGGAGAUCUCAUUACCAACAUUAUCACAUCCAUUCCGUUGCCCCAUCGGCUCUGGGUCUCCCAACUACUCAUCCUAUGGAUCUCUGCGAUUGGCAGUGCUUUCCUCGAGAGCCUACCGUAUACUACUACAGUGGCCUACAUACUCAUCAAUCUCCGUGGGCAAGCUGAUCUGGGGAUCCCAGUCACGCCUCUCUCCUAUGCCCUCUCCGUCGGGGCCUGUGUUGGUGGUAUUGGCUCGAUCAUGGGAAGCAGCGCUAAUCUGGUCUGUAUUGCGAUUUCUCAGAGGUACUCCACCGCCCCAGAUGAUUCAGCUGGUCAAUCGGCUGGUGAGCCCAAAUUGGAAGCAGUUGACGAGGAUCGUCCAGCGUACACGUCUACUGGGGGUAUAGACGUUAAUGAAGUCCACCAAAUGGAGAUGAGGUGCCGAAAGCGGCAGCCAACGGAGGCCAAGAAGUUGUCCAUGAGCCAGUGA